AUGAGAGUCUCGUGUUGGAGGUUGCGGUUGAGUGAUGCGCGCGGCGUGUGUGCGCAGGAGUGGUUCACGCUCUUCGACCAGGAGGGCAAGCACAAGGAGCGCUACCUGUUCCUCUUCAAGGGACGCGUGCUCGUGUGCAAGGUGCGCAAGAUCUCCGAAGACCGCUCCGUCUUCACGCUCAAGGACAUCAUCCGGCUCGUCCCCGCGGCGUCCGACGUCGCCCUCGCCGUCACCGUCACCGCCCACGCCGACUCCGCCAAGGCCUCCUGGCUCAAGGAGAUCCUCCAGUUCGCCCCCGUCUACGUUGGUGGUCAAUACCCAGUGAUAACGCAGUGUAAUUUGAUGCAAACAAUAUCAGGCCAUGAAAGUAUUGAUUCCACUUGCUGUGUAGUGGAUGAUUAUGAUAAAUAA